AUGCGAACAUUUGUUUUGUUGGCAGCGUUUUUCAGCUACAUUUUAGCAAAUGAAGAAGUUUUCAAAACCAACAGAGUAUGUUUUUUUCCGAAAAUAAUAGAUUUCUUUGAUUGAAAAUUAUUCCUUUUAGACAUCAUGUGUUCAUUAUAUUUCAUGCCUCGAAACAAUUCAAACAAAUUUCAAAGAUUGUGCUGGAGGAGCUGCGAUUUCUUUAACUUUGGAAGCUAAAGAUGUGAAUAUUAGGGAUCUUGUGAAAUACCGUGCUCUUGAAUUUGUUGGAUGUCAAGAUCGUAUUAUUAAAGAGAUUGUUGAUUUUGAAUCACUUCAACAAUUGGUUGGAGAAGAUGCGAGAGAAUGCUUUGAUAAACUUCCAGAAAGUACAAAACAUAUUGAACCAGUAAGUUGGGUAUAGGUUUCUAGAACAGUGGGAUACUUUUAUGAAAAGAUAGCAUGUGAGAAUUUUUGUCAACCUUCUGAAUUUCUGAUAUUCAGCCUCCAAAUUAAGAACAUGUUUUCUGAAACUACAGUUCGGUCAACAACAUCAAAAGUCACAAAAAAUAUUCCAAAGACUAAAAUUUCAAAAAUCCUCAAUUUCAGUUUGGUGAUUCUUGCGAUUAUGUUCAACCAGCUGUUCGAAAUACAACAAAAGGAGAUAGUUUGCAAUGUUUGAUUGAAUAUAAACAAGAUCGUGAAUAUUGUGAAAGUUUAUUAGAAUGUUGUCCAGAUCAUACAAGAUGUGGUGAAAGAAUGAAUGCAGUUUCUCUCGCAUAUCAAAAUGCUCGAGUGAAAGCCGAUCAAGUUGUUUAUAACAUGAUUUCGUGUAUUGUAUCAAAUGAUCCAAGAUUUUUGAGAGAAGGAGCUCGUCUUCAAUCACUUCGUGAUCCUUAUAGAAAUGCUGGACUUCCAUUCCUCCGCCCAGAUGCUUACACUGAAGCUAGAAUUACAAGAAGACUUGCAUUGACAACAACAUCAAUUUUGGGACAAAGAAAAGAUCGAUUCAUGAAAAAGUAUUCUCAAAUUAGACAAAUUGUUGCUCAAAGAAUUGUUGAACAAUAUGCUGCCACAACUACAACAUCAACAACAACUGAAAAACCAGUUGAAGAUUUGGUUGCUGAACAAUCAACUGAUGCUGAAAAAGUAAUGGAAGAAGAUAGAACAUUGAGCAGCGAGGAAAGAGUUGAAAGAGUUCGUAGUUUGAUUAGAACUGCUUCAGAUGAUGAAUUAUCACAAUAUGUUGCAUUGAUUUCUGAUGGAAAAUUCGCGGAACUUUUUGAAUUGGCUGCCAAGAAAAAUAAAGAUAAAUUGAAGGUUAAGAUUGAGAAACUGAAAAACAAUGAAACUGAAGAUGAAGCUGAAGAAGGAACUACUACAACUGAACCAGAAGUUCCAGAAAAACCACAAAAGAAAGACAAAAAACACAAUUUGGUUCAAAGAAAUGUUCCAGAUGAAUUAGAAGCUAAAGAAAUGACUGAUAAGGAUCGCGCAUUAUUGGUUGAAAAAGAGAUCAAACAAAACUCAAAGUUGGAGAAAGCUGAAACACCAAAGAAGAAACAAACACCAAAGGAAAUUGAAAUUAUCAAGAAACAUUUGGAAAAUGAAGAAGAUAAACCAAUUGGAUUGAAAUCAGCUGAAGAAACAGCUGCAAGUGGAGAUGAAGAAGAUGUUCCAAGAUUAGAAAAUGAAUCAGGAGAACAUCAAACAGAUGUUAUGACACAAAUUGUCAAAGAAAUGUCGGAAUCAAUCCAAACAUCAACUCCAGUUACACCAGAACAAACAACAACUCUCAAAACUGAACUCGUUGAAGAAAUCUUGACAUUGAAUAACAAUGACAAAAAAGAUGAGAUUGAUGAAGAAGGAAGUGGAAGUGGAGAAGAACAUGAAACAAUAAUUAAUGAAGAUGAAGAACAAGUUCUUACAACUCCAUCAACAACAACAACAACAACAACUGAAACUAGCGAAGUUAUUGAAAAUAUCAAGAAAAUCAGACCAAGAAGUGAAAGAAGCCAUUGUCAACAAUAUGCAAACUGUUGGCAAACUGUAAUUGAUUAUGAACAACAAUGUGAUAGAAAAUAUUCAACUGAUGUUUUGAGCCACGGAAUUGAUGAUGCCGAAAUCUUGAGCAUCCUUCAAAACAGCUCUAUUUCUCAUCAUGAAAUCGUAUUGAAAGCCUGCUUGAAACCAUUAGACAGAUCAGUUCAUUCAACAGUAAGUUCUUUUGGGAGUAAAUUGCAGAACAUGAAAACAGACUUCGAAGUUUUCAGAUAAUAGGUUUUUUAGUCAGAACUGACAUUGAAUAUAUAUGCUUAUUUUUCAGCUCAAACAAUUGUUGGUUAUUCAACGUGGAGUUCGAAAGGCUUGUCUUGACUUAGGUCGCAACAAGAUUGCUGUAACUGAUGCUGAAGAAAAUCUGUGUCAAAUAGAUGUUCCAACAACUGAAUCAGUUGAUGAAUUCUUAUCAUCAGUUCAUUCAAGAUCACAAGCAAAUCAUUUGACAUGUCGUGCUAAAAUUGAACCAAUUCGUGAAGCUUGCGGAGUUGUUAGAAACUGUUGUGCUUCAGUUGACACGUAAGACAUUUUUGGUUGAAAAAUACUUCAACAAUGUUCAUAUUUUAGAUGUGACAACUACAUUGCGUCAUCUCCGGUCAAAAAACUCGAAACCGAAGCUGUUCGCCGUCUUGUCAAACGUCAAAACGAUUGCGAAACCAAAAUGCUUCAAACACUUACGUAUAUCCACGAACAAUUGUCGAGCCCAGAAAGACGUCGUCGUUAUUAUUAUCAUUAA